AAGUACUGGGCUCAACGAUACCGUUUAUUCAGCCGAUAUGACGAGGGCGUAUGGUUGGACCGUGACUCGUGGUUCUCUGCUACCCCCGAGGUGCUGGCCAUGCACCAUGCCCUGCGUGUGAGCGCGGUGGGUCCCAUGGUUAUAGAUGCGUUUUGUGGACCUGGUGCCAAUGCAAUUCAGAUGGCCUUGGCAGGGUGCCAGGUGCUGGCCAUUGAUCUUGACCCGGUCAAACUGGAGGCGGCACGGCACAACGCAAGUAUCUAUGGGGUUGAGGAUCAGAUUGACUUUGUGCACGGGGACGCUGUGAGCGUGUUGCGCCAGUUGGCGAGCACGAACGGGUCAACCCGGGUGGAUGCCGUCUUUCUCAGUCCACCAUGGGGUGGCCAAUCCUAUCUGGCUGCGCAUCAACCCUUUGACUUGGCGGUCAUCGAGCCUAGCGUGUCGCGUACGCUAGCAGCCGCCCAAGGCCUGACGCGCAACGUGGGCAUUUUUCUACCACGCAAAAUCUUGGUGCAGGACGUCCUGGCCUUGGUGGGCGCAGGCGAGCAUGUCGAGAUUGAACAGAACGUCAUCAAUGAAAAGAUCAAAUCCUUGACCGUCUACCUAGGCGACCUC